AUGGAUAAAAGAAAACGCUCUAACUUCAAUCAAUCUAAAUAUUGGCUCGACGACUCGGAACAUUUCGAUGACAAGUCCAGCGACGAAGAUACUAAUGUAAAUCAUGAUUCUGAAGAUGCGGAAAUACCUUCUACUCUUCAAGAUACUUCUGAUGAAUCAGAUGAUGGUACGGUCGAAAAGGAUUCAGGUGAUGAAUCCGAUGAAAAUAGUGUUGAUACAAAAAGUAUGAGUGACGAGGAACCACCUAGACGUCGAGCAAAACGUAAACCACAAGUUAAACCAACACCGGUUAAAAUAUUUUCUUCAAAAUCUGGUCGACAAUGGACAUCGAAAGAACUUCCCAAGAAAAAACUUCCAAUUGCUAAUAUAUUGCGACAGCGAACUGGUGUUGGUCUACCAGCAGCAGAUAUACAAACUCUAAAAGAAGCAUUUCAACUUCUGAUCACUCAGGAAAUGGUUCUUCUUUUGGUCAAAGAAACCAACCGACGAGCACAUCUACUUUUGGAACGAUGGAGUGAAGAAAACCCUGAUGAAAAAAGUCAAUGGAGGGACACAGACCUUGAAGAAAUGUGGGCUUUUAUUGGGCUAUUGCUCCUCGCAGGUGUUCAUCGAGCAAAAAAUGAAACUCUGGAUGAACUAUGGUCAAUGAUCAAUGGACGACCAAUAUUUCGAGCAACUAUGAGCAAGAACCGUUUCAAAAGCUUGCUACAAUUUUGCCGAUUUGACAAUACAACGACGAGAGAGGAAAGAUUGAAGGUGGAUAAACUGGCAGCAAUAAGAGAUUUAUGGACAAUGUUCUUAGCUCGCCUACAAAUAUGCUACAUGCCUGGUGGAUCACUCACCGUCGACGAACAGCUAAUACCAACUCGUGGUCGAUGCAAUUUUCGUCAAUAUAUACCUAGUAAACCAGGAAAGGAUGGGGUGGAGAUCUUCUGGUGUUGUGAGUCGGAUAUAGGAGAUCCU